AUGGCUCCUACUAGCACUCCGGUAACUUUGUAUAAUGACAAUUCCACAUCAAAUCCCACCAUUUUUCCAAGAUCUGGAUAUAGCAUUUUGGCAUUUGUGAUGUUUCUAAAUGCUGUGUUUUCAAUAUUUAACAACACGUUAGUAAUUCUAGUGACUUUAAAAUAUCCUCAGCUUCGGAAUCCUAUGAAUAUUUUUAUCUUAAAUAUGUCAUUUUCAGAUUUGAUGAUGACACUUUGUGGCACUACGGUGGUGGUUAGUACCAACUAUCACGGAUAUUUCUACUUGGGUGAAAGCUUCUGCACUUUUCAGGGAUUUGCUGUAAAUUAUUUUGGAAUAGUUUCGCUGUGGUCUCUGACCGUCCUGGCAUAUGAGAGAUAUAACGUAGUGUGUCAACCAAUAGGAGCAUUGAAGCUAAGCACCACAAGAUGUUAUCGUGGACUGGCAUUUAUCUGGCUCUUCUGUCUUAUUUGGGCCAUUGCCCCAUUGUUUGGCUGGAGCUCUUAUGCUCCAGAAGGUGUCCAGACCUCUUGUUCCAUCGGCUGGGAAGUAAGAUCCUGGAACAACUACAGCUACUCAAUCACCCUAUUUAUCACGAGUUUUAUCAUUCCUGUAGGUAUUAUAGGAAUGUCAUAUGGAAGCAUUAUCCUCUCUUUGCACAAGCUGAACCGGAAAAUUGAAGAACAAGGAGGAAAGACCAAUCGUGAAGAAGAAAUACGAGUUGCUGUCAUGGUCCUUUUAAUGGUGGUUGCCUUCCUUGUGUGCUGGCUACCGUACACCAUCUUUGCAAUGAUUGUGGUUAUUAAUCCAACACUUUAUAUUUCACCUCUUCUUGCAACUCUUCCUACGUAUUUUGCCAAGACCAGUCCCAUCUACAAUCCAAUCAUCUACAUCUUUUUUAACAAAGAGUUCCGAAACUGUGCUGUUAUGUUUCUAACCUGUGGCCACAUAAGCCUGUCCACACCAGAAGAGGAGACUGCGUCUGUUGAAAUACAAAUUAUCUCCAAACAAAAUCAAGUUGCUCCGGCAGAGUGA